AUUCCUUCGGUUCGAGCAUUCCUUCCAAUCCAUCUUCGACUCACCUGGCAGUGCCACUGGGUGUUUUCUUGUUCGAACGAUCGAAAGCGAACAUUCCGUCUCGCUCUUCCAUUCCUUCUUUGACCCCAUCCGCGACCGUCAACCACGCAUUCCUCGCUCCGCAAAAAAAGCGACUGGAUCUUUUUUUCGCACGCGGAGUUUUUAAAAAAGAAAAAGAUAUAAAAAUAGAUUACUUGAACGCAACACAACAACAACAACAACAACAACAACCUCAGAUCAAUACUUUUGCUUCGACUCCCACCAUGUCCACUUUAACCCGAGCGUUCACCAAGCGCAGCAAGCGUCCCGAAGUGUCGGCGCCGAUGCCAUAUCGUGAAGGCCAGAUUAAGUUUUCCUCCGGCACGAUCAAGCGUGGCAAGAUCUCCGGUCCGGUUCAACUGCUGUCGACCACCAACAUGCUCGUCUACAAUGCCCCAGACCUGCAACCCAUGUCCGCCUCCUCCUCCUCGUCCCUGCAGUCGUCCCAUGACGGAUCGGAGGAUUCGGCCUCGCCGAGCAGCCUCGUCUCGCCCGCCACCACUCCGGACACAUGGUCGAACGAAGCCUCGCCCGUCUCUCCCAACCACCUCUCCGGUUACUUUCCUAAACGCUCGGCGACCAUCACCAGCCACCCACGCUCCUCGUCCUCGUCCACCGACUCGGCACCGCUGGUCCCCAAGCGUGCGUUGUCGCACACCAAGCGAUCGCACCAGGAGCUGGCGCGCCAGCGCUCCAUCUCCCGCACGUCGCCCCCCGCGCUUAACUCGCUCCGCAGCAGCCCGUCGAUGCGGAUGCCCCCCAAUGACGCUGCCUCUGCCGCCGCCAUCCAACCCCACCCGUUUGGCAAGGAGCUGGAGCAGGUGAACGAGGUUGCUGAAGAGUUUGGUGGCGGCAGACAUGUCCUCGACGAGGAAGAACGCAUCCUCCAGCACAAGGGCCUGAUGAAAUUCACCGCGAACGACUACCUGGUCGAGAUCCAAGACCUGUACAGCAGCAUCUUCGACGACCAGCUCGGCCCGAUAUCCACACCGUGGGUUUAGUGCGAUGUUUUUCUCUUUGCAAGUGUCUUCUUAUUGCUCUCAAUCCUUUUGGGGGGGGAACUGGUUUUCCCUCCCCACUGAGCCCCUUUUAUUACUAUUACGACCGACUACCAUUCUCUCUUUACGACCGAUAUUCCUAAUUUCUA